CAGGUCCUUCAUCCCUCACUUUCUCGAGCCAUUCUCGUCUCCAACUUAUUCCCCAAAACACAACCCUAGGUUACAGUGGUCUUCUCCACAGCCGCAAGGAGUGCGCCGCCGUUCCUUGCGAUCAGGGGCCACUGGGUAGUCCGCGCUUCUUCGUCAUUCAAGCUGUAUCGCCAUCUCUUCUCUCUUCUUCAAGCUGUGUCGCCGCGGCUGUCCUAUUGCCGCCGUUCCAGCACCGCCUUCGAAUCUGCUCCAGUCGCCGUCCCCGCUGUUCCACCGCCGUGGCAAAUCGUCGCUGCCAUCGCAACUCGUCGAAUAGUCUCAAUUGCGUCGCCUCUGUUCCACUUCUGUCGCGCCGCCACUGUUCCGUCGGGCUCCAACCGUCGCCUGUGUCUUCUGGUUCGAGUUCCUCAUUUGUGCUCCCUCUCCCUCAUCUGUGUUUGAGUUCCAGCCCAGUGGAAGAGAGUGGAAAAGGAAUCCAAGUAAACACAACGCAGCCUCUCAGAACUCCUCUCGUCUCUCACUCACUCGCUUUUUUCUUGCCCGCCACCACCACGAUCAUCACGCAAUGAACAUCUCACACCUUACACUGGAUUCCCACACGCUCUUCAACCCUCAACGCCCUUCAUUCUCCUUUCUCCGUUGCACAUCUCGAAACGUCGUCGUAUGCUCAUCCAAGUCCGUAGCCCCUCCUUCUCUUCCGCCCAAGCUCGCCACCGCCCAAUCCUCCGACGGUCGAAUCGGGUCUCUCAGUCAGGUCUCUGGCGUCUUGGGUUGCCAAUGGGGCGAUGAGGGCAAAGGCAAACUCGUCGACAUCUUAGCUCAACACUUCGAGGUCGUUGCCCGUUGUCAGGGUGGAGCUAAUGCUGGGCAUACCAUUUACAAUGCAGAAGGAAAGAAGUUUGCUCUUCAUCUUGUUCCUUCUGGUAUUCUUAACGAGGAUACCCUUUGUGUUAUUGGGAAUGGAGUUGUGGUGCAUCUUCCGGGGCUCUUUAAGGAAAUUGAUGGCCUUGAAUCGAGUGGGGUCUCUUGCCAGGGGAGGAUUUUGAUAUCUGAUCGUGCUCACUUGUUGUUUGAUUUCCACCAAGAAGUUGAUGGGUUAAGGGAAGCCGAACUUGCUAAAUCUUUCAUUGGCACGACCAAGAGAGGCAUUGGGCCAUGCUACGCUAGCAAGGCUAACCGUAAUGGUAUUAGGGUAAGUGAUUUGAGGCACAUGGAUACUUUCCCGCAGAAACUUGAUCUUUUGUUAUCAGAUGCAGCAUCAAGGUUCAAAGAUUUUAAAUAUGGUCCAGAAAUGCUCAAGGAAGAAGUAGAAAAGUACAAGAGAUAUGCUGAGAGGCUGGAACCAUUUAUUGCAGAUACUGUGCAUGUCAUGAAUGAUGCUAUAACACAAAAGAAGAAGAUUUUGGUUGAAGGAGGUCAAGCAACCAUGUUGGACAUUGAUUUUGGAACUUAUCCAUUUGUUACUUCGUCUAGCCCGUCAGCCGGUGGGAUAUGCACUGGUCUUGGUAUUGCUCCAAGAGUUGUUGGUGACUUAAUAGGAGUGGUGAAAGCGUACACUACAAGAGUUGGUUCUGGUCCCUUUCCAACAGAAAUUUUGGGUCCAGGGGGUGAUCUCCUUAGAUUUGCUGGGCAAGAGUUUGGUACAACUACUGGUCGUCCUCGACGAUGUGGUUGGCUUGAUGUAGUUGCGCUGAAAUACUCCUGCCAGAUCAAUGGUUUUUCAUCAUUGAAUCUCACUAAGCUAGAUGUUUUAUCAGAUCUUGAUGAGAUAAAGUUAGGAGUCUCUUAUAAACAUGCUGAUGGUACACCAGUCAAAUCAUUCCCUUCAGAUCUCCGUCUUCUUGAGCAAUUGGAGGUGGAAUAUGAAACACUUCCUGGAUGGAAAUCUGACAUCUCUAAGAUCAGAAAAUAUUCUGACCUUCCGAAGGUUGCCCAGCAGUAUGUGGAAAGGAUAGAAGAACUUGUUGGUGUCCCCAUUCACUACAUUGGUGUUGGGCCAGGACGCGACGCCCUCAUAUUCAAGUGAUCUAUUACUAAUUCCUCAGAUGUCACAGUUGUGCUUUCAUGCUUCUAAAGGCAAAUUGAGGUUUUUUUGUGGAAGAAGUAACUUAUUCCCUCCAACUUUUGGAGGUUUGGGAUGAAACAUAUUCAUAGUGACUAGUGAGGAUUUGCCUAAUUGAUGUAUUAUUCUGUUAUCUAUAAGCAGUGGUAUUGUUAGAUUUCUGCAGUAAUUUGAUAUGGGGGAUUUACCCUAUAAUUUUGC